UCCGGGCGCGCCGGCCCCGCCCCGCCCCGCAUGGCCGCCCCGGGAUAAGGGCCUCCCCGCGCGGCGCACCCGCUCUUCGCCCGCUGCCUCCCAAAGCCGCGGGCCAGGGUCAGGGGCCGCGCGGCCGUGCAGGGGGUGCUCGCGGCGCCCCGGCUCCGCCAUGGUGGAGGCCUGGUACAUGGACGAGUCCGCCGACGACCCGAGGCGGCCCCACCGCGCCGAGCCCAACCGCCCGGUCGGCCUGGAGCAGCUGCGCCGGCUCGGGGUUCUUUAUUGGAAGUUGGAUGCUGACAAGUACGAGAAUGAUCCAGAAUUAGAAAAGAUCCGAAAAGAGAGAAACUAUUCCUGGAUGGACAUAAUAACCAUAUGCAAGGAUAAACUACCAAAUUAUGAAGAAAAGAGGAAGGCGUUCUAUGCGGAGCACCUGCACCUGGACGAUGAGGUCCGCUACGUCCUGGACGGCAGCGGGUACUUCGACGUGCGCGAUGAGGACGACAGGUGGAUCCGCGUCUUCAUGGAGAGGGGGGACCUGAUCGCUCUUCCCGCGGGCAUCUACCACCGCUUCACGCUGGAUGAGAAGAACUACGUGAAGGCCAUGCGGCUGUUCGUGGGAGAUCCCGUGUGGACGGCGUACAACCGGCCCGCCGACCAGUUCGAGGCUCGGGGGCGGUACGUGGCGUUUUUGGCGCAGACAGCCGAGCGGCGCUCGGGUCCCACGGCGCCUCGCCCUUGGGAAUGUGCGGAGUCGCCGCACAGCCCGUCCUCGUCCUCCUCUUAGGCCGUAGACGCGGGGCGAGGUGCGCUUUCUUGGCACGGUGAUUCGAUCGGUGUGUUCAGUGAAAGGAGCUUGUUAUAAAAGGGAUUUUUACGUGGAAGCAACUCCGGGACUGUGGACAAACCACGUUCGUUUUACCUAGUUCAAGAUCAGCCCGAAUGGGAGUCCCCUCCCCAGUUGUUUAACCGCGGGGCUGCUCCAUCCGGACCACAAGCAGACGUCUGCCCCUGCGGUGCCUGCCUGGUAAGAAGGCGUCGCAGGAGACAACAGGACCGGCCAGACAGAAGACACUCUUCUCCCAGAACCGGGUGGGGAGUGCUGUUAGUGGGGGCGAUGCUCGGAGUUCUCAUGCCACUUUCUCGCUCAGAAUAAAGUAGCUGCCUUAAUUUUA